GAGCGGGCGGCUGGCGGGCGGCGGGGCUGUGGGCUGGCACAGGCGGCGGCAGCUCGCCCUGCCUCCUGACAUCACUCCCGGAGCUCAAAUCCCACUCGGAGCUCCUUCCCUGACUGGGUCUUGUCGGUCUGGUUGCUCUGGGGGAAGCUAGGACCCUCCCCGGGCGAGGCGAGGCUGAAGAGCUGCGGGAGGAAGGAGGAGGAAAGAGUCGGUACAAAGAGGGGUGGCGAGGAGCGGAGCCUACACGGGAGCUCCAGUAUGAAAUUCCUCUCUGCUUAUUACUUGCUGCCUCUCUUUCCUGCGCUGGUUUUCAGCAGUAGACAGGGCUAUGAAGAAUUGGAAAGACAGCUGAAAGAAGUCUUUAAGGAAAGGAGCAAUAUUCUCCGUCAACUGUCGAAGACUUCUAAAGAACUUGAGGGAAUUAAAGUAAACCUCCAGUCUUUGAAAAAUGAUGAAGCAUCAGCCAAAAAUGAUGUGCAGAAACUUCUGGAACUGGGCCAGAAACAAAGGGAAGAAAUGAAAUCUCUCCAGGAGGCCUUUCAAAAGCAGCUUAAUGAAGCAACUGAGAAAGCAGAAAAGCAGCAGGCUACCAUUAACUUUUUGAAGACUGAAAUGGAAAGGAAGAGCAAAAUGAUCCGCGACCUCCAAAAUGAGGUAAGAGGGACAUUUGAUUGUCAUCUCCAUUCAGAGUUUACACUGAAAAAGAUUAUG